CUUAAAAUUGUAUCUUCAACUUGAUGGUUUUACUUAUUUUAAAAUGAUGAGAAAUGUCUCAUUUGUGUCUGCGUGUUACAGAUUGAAAACACCACCACGACCUCAGGGUCAAAGGACAGAACCAGAGAGCAGAGGAGUGUUUCAGGGUUUUGGUGACACAGGGUUUCACAUGUCUUUUGGAAUCGGGGCUUUUCCGUUUGGUUUUUUCACCACAGUCUUUAACACCAACGAUCCUUUUCAAAGACGAGAUCCUCAUUACGGAGGAGAUCAUCAAGCCGACGGCAACCCCAACAACGGCAACAACUGGCAGGACUCGCUCUUCCUCUUCCUGGCCAUCAUCUUCUUCUUCUGGAUGCUGAGCGUGUGACGCCUGCGAUUGAAGCGACAAGAUCAGCUGUCUGUGUCUCAUAUACACACACACUCACAUACACACAUCAGUGUUGAGAGAGACAGUAUUAAUGAUUAAACACUACAGGAGCUGAUGAAGCAGCUCGCAAAACACAGCAUAUUUCACCUCAAAAUCAAUACAAACGCAAUGAGAAAUUAUUGUGCAUAAAGGUUUUUGUUUUUUUUCGACCCUGAAACUAUUCUCAAUGGACCUGCAUUCUAAAAUUAUUUUCAGGAUGAUUAAACGCAUUUAAUGUCAAAUUCUCAUUGCUUUAAUGAAGUGUCGUAACUAAUUAAUUGUCAUGAAAAGAAUGUCACAUGCAAUGAAUGCAUACAAUUUGAAUAGUUAUAAAAAUAGCCAUAAAAUUAAGAAAUGGAAUGAAAAAAUUACUAUAAAUGAAACUGAAAAUUGUUUGAAACUGAAAUGGAAACUUCUUUCUGGAAUUAUUUUCUUGACAUUUAAACGUAUUUAUUCCCAAAAUUCUUAUUUCCGUAAGUUGAGAUGUCUCUCUUAUUACUAUGCCAUACAUUUUUGUUGUAUUACAGUAAUAGUAAUUGUGAGGAGGAAAUGUUUAAGUAUUUAAGUCAUGGUAAAAAAUAUCACAAUAUAUUAAUAAUGUAUUUUCUUUUUUGGGGUGAAAUAUUACCUAGACAGGUUUCAUAAGACAGGUUUCAUGAGAUUCACCAAAUUUUAUGCUCACAAAUUUCUGUGGCUUUUCAUUUUCAUGCCAAAGAAUUUCUGAAAUGAGAGACAUGAAGACAGAUGUGAUUUAUGUAGGAUUUAUUUCAUUACUCCUGAAAGUGUUUUAAGGCUGUGUCACUGCGUUUGGACGAUCUUCACUGCACACGAUGAGGGACGUUUCACUUAUUCAGAUCCUUAAAUCUGCCUGAGGAAUUAAAACACAAGUCAAUAUCAUACUUGUGUAAUAAAAGGGUGAAUCUCAUGAAUCAUGUCCUGGUCACAUUUUAUUCCAAAAUCAAAAGAAAAAAUUCUUAAGCUUAUUAUUCUUAUUUUAGGACCUUUGCAAUUUUAA